AUGAAAGUGAUAUUGAAAAAAAAAGGUUUCGAGACGAGCGUUGAAGAGGUGGAUGCUUUCGAAAAAAAUAAAGGCAACAAAGACUACUUAGAGUAUAGGACAAUGGGAUGGUGUCAAGGAGCGGCGCUCCUCUUAGCUGAGACACUCGCGCUUGGAGUGUUAUCGUUCCCCAAUAUUGCCAGUCAGAUAGGCAUAGCGCCGACGAUAGUCGCCACCAUUGGACUUGCUUAUCUGGCUUGGGUGACUGAAUAUAUAUUGAUAGACUUCAAAGUGAACCAUCCAGCAGUCAUGUCUUUUGCAGACGCCGGCCAAGUUGUCGGAGGGCCCAUAUUUAAAUGGGUGCUGUUUGUCGGUAUAAUGGUCAACACUGUCUUCAUCGCCGCGUCGUAUGUAAAUAGUGGCGGAACUGCUUUUGUAGAGAUGAGCCAUAAUGCGCGCUGCUCUGUGCUACUAGGCUUCUGUAUGGCGCUUCUUGGCUUCGUAUUCACCAUUCCUCGCAAGUUUCAACAUACAUCAUAUGCGUCUUUCGUCUCUUGUGGCUCGAUUGUCACGGCAUGUCUCAUCACUAUCAUCGCGUGCGGUGUCGAUAGAGAUCAGUGGAAAGAUGCGAGCGGUAGUGUGACAUACAAAGCUGCUGCAAAUCCAGGCCUCAUAGGUGUGAUAAACUCAUUUACAAAUAUAUUAUUUGCGUAUGGGGGACAUGCAGCCAUAUUCAGUUUCUGCUCCGAGAUGAAGAACCCCAACGACUUCAAGAAGAGUCUUGGAGUAGUGCAGUUAGUUUCAACAUUGUUCUAUAUCACCGUUGGUAUCGGCGUGUAUGCGCUGGUGGGAGAGAAUAAAGUCAAGAGCCCAGCCCUCUCAAUCCCAAGAUAUAAAGUUGAGAUUGCGGCUUAUGCGAUAGCUAUGGUAUCCAUAAUUGUAGCUGGAGUCUUGCCAGCUUUGGUUGGCAUUAAGCAGCUGUGGUUAGAGUUCUUCCGCGAGAAACCAAUGCUUACAAGUAAUAAUUGGAAAGCGCAGGCUAUCUGGACAGCGCUCGCGUUUGUUACGUGGAUGCUCGCAUUCGUUCUUGCACAGCUGAUUCCCUUCUUCUCGUCACUGCUUUCGAUCAUCUCGAGCAUUACUAAUAUGUGGUUCACGUAUGGACUGUCGGGUGUGAUAUGGCUUUGGGAUAAUAAGAGAGGCAGUCAUCGCUCACCGGCGAGCAACGCAAUGAUGCUAAAAAGAGGACUGCAAGGAGUGCGAGAAGCAGUUAGCGGCAAAGCCUCUCAUGGAAUUCAAGGUAGCCAACGCAGCCAACGCAGCCACCUCAUCCAACUCCGCCAAAUGAGCAAAGCGAUAGAGAAGCCGCGGAAGGUCACGAUUAGCAGUCUCAACAAGCUCAAGAAGCAGCAUAUGCCGAUAACUGUGUUAACGUGUUAUGAUUAUCCGACGGCGAAGAACAUUGAGCACACGCACACAACACAGGACGGGAUAAACAUAGCACUCGUCGGUGAUAGUCUAGCGUUCACUGCACUUGGCUACACCUCCACCUCGCAACUCACACUCGACGAGAUGAUCCACCACUGCAAGGCGGUCAGUCGGGGUGCGAGUACGCCGCUCAUUAUCGCUGAUAUCCCUUUCGGGUAUGUGGGUCUAUCUGACGAGGCGGCGGUAGGUGCAGCGAUCCGACUCGUGCGCGAAGGGGGCGUGGAUGGAGUGAAGAUUGAAGGGGGAGCCAAGGAGGCGCGUGUUAUCGCAAAGGUCGUCGAUGCGGGUGUUCCGGUUAUUGCACAUGCUGGUUUACAGCCUCAGCGUGCUACGCAGACUUCUGGGUUCAGGGUACAGGGCAAGACGGCGGGCAGUGCGCUGUCGAUCGUAGAGGAUUGUAAAGCCGUGCAGGAAGCAGGCGCUUUUGCAGUUCUUCUCGAAGCUGUACCACCGCAGCUGGGUGAUUACAUCACUGAGCGUCUCAAGGUACCCACUAUCGGCAUUGGCGCGGGUGGGGGUACUGAUGGACAGGUGCUCGUGCAGAAUGACAUGGUAGGCGCUUUCGACGCUUUCAGGCCGAGGUUUGUAAGGGUGUUCGGCGACGUUGGCGGUGCAACUGGUGAGGCUAUUGAGAGUUAUGCGCAGAGCGUGCGCGCAAGAGACUUCCCCAGUGCGGAAGAGUCGUACACUAUCGAGGAAAGCAAGUGGAACGAAAUACGUGAGCAUAUAGAGAAGAAAGAAAGGCAGCAGGAGUAG